CUCUGCUGGCCAACGUGUGUAACUGCAGUGUUUAGUUCCUGGUUCAUAUCACGCUCUCGGUGACUCUUGGAUCAACACGCAGCAUCAACUUUUUAAGAAUGGAAGUAGUCGAAUCUUAGCCCGCCCAAAAAUACUUGCAACAAGAAUAGUGUUCAUAUAUACUGUUACUGGUAAAGGUUUCGCCGCAGGAUGAGUCUGUAGACUCUUCUGCAGGUUUCGCUCUCAGUGGACAACCCAGCUAAGCUAGCUAACUGGCUAGUUAGCGAGCUACAUUGCUAUCCAAAAUGAGUAACUGUUGUGCUGCAGCCAACUGUGACUACCAGCAAGUGGGGCCCGAUAACAGCACCCCGCUUUUCAGCUUUCCCUUGGACCCGGAACGCUGCAAUAAAUGGUUGACGAACUGUUGUCGCCAAGAUUUGGCAUCACGACCUCCAGAGGAGCUGCAGAAAUGCUACAAACUUUGUGCAAAACACUUUGAGGCUUCUUUGAUCUCUCAUCAGAGUUCCUCAAAAUGUGUCUUGAACGACGAUGCUGUUCCAACGAUAUUUGACUCUGCUGUAACCACCAAUAAUGAAUCAACGUGCAACAGGAAACGUGCGGGAAGCCCUGUGGAAGAGGAACCCAGCGUAAAGAAGGCAAAAGAAAACAUAGCGGCACCAAAAGUGACUGAGGAGACAAAAGAUGUUUCUGGUGAUGACAUUACUACACCUGAACAGGAAGAUAACCGAGCAGAAGAGAAUAUAGGCAGCUUCAAAGCUAAAGAGACUCUUAAGGCCUAUUUCAAAGAAAUUCUUGCACUGACUGGAUUCAGCAUCAACGGUGGAAACAUCAACACAGAUGAGUCGACUGGUGAAGCAAGGGGUCAGCCAUCUCUCAAGAAAAUCUGUGUAGAGAAAGUUGAUAAGAAGGAAAUCCUACAGUUUAGUGAGAGACUAAUGCGAGAAGAGAUCCAGAACAGCCUGAGGCAUGCCCGAUUCUUCUCUAUUCUGCUCCAAGAUGUGACCAGUAUAGAGGGAAAGGAGCAGAUCCCAAUUUUCAUUCGAUCUGUCACAGAGGCCGGGUUCCCACAAAAACACCUUGUUGGGUUCCUGCCUUGCAAUUUGGAUGCAGACAAUCUAUUUAACCAUCUUAUAUCAGAAUUAAGAAAUAAGUGGGGGUUAAGGAUGGAGCACUGCAGAGGACUCUCCUAUCUAGUUACGGGACGCAUGUGUCAGACAAUGCGAGACCUCACUUGCAAAAUUUUACUGGAGUUUCCACAAGUUGUUUUAUCACCAAGUGACCCAUAUGCUUUUAAUAUAUGGAUUAUUCGUUGCAUGCCAGUGCCAACAAUUCAAACUAUUGUAGACACUGUAGAAGAAGUGGCCUCAUUACUCAGGAACACACCUGAGCUAUACAAAAGAUUGGAAGGAAAGAUCCAGAUGACAUAUGGCCAUAUAAAGGGAGAAGUGGAGAGAAUCAAAGCAAUCAUCAGUGUGAAUUGGGAGUGUGGCACUGAUGCCUUUCAAACCAUGUUGGAUAUCUUGGAGCCUUUCCUGAACUGCAUCAAUGAAAUUAUUUCAAAGGUGGAUGAAGAUACAGCUGAACAGAUGGCCAAACUCAAGCCAGUUCUGAAGAAUUUCAAUUUCAUCAUGACAUUAGUUGUUCUCAAGAACACCCUCUGCUGUGUGAGCAUACUCAACUCCAGUCUCAGGGGAAUCAUUAGCAUGAGCAGUACGUUGCAGUACACAAUUUCAAAUGCCUUAAAGCUGGUAAGCAAAUACCAACAGGACAUUGCCAUAUUCAAUAGAAAAUGGUUUUCAGAUGCGGUCGGUCGAGCCAAGAAGCUUGGUGUUGAAGUCAUCAAACCUGAGGUUGACCAUGGAGAUGCAAAUGAUACCUCGCUAGAAGACUUUUACAGAGAAACUUUAGCCCGACCCAUCUUACAGUAUCUUGUUGCGGAGGUCAAGCGAAUUUUCAGUACAGAGAUGGUGAGGAUUCUGAGAUGGCUCUCUUUAGUACCAUCCUACAUGGCUGACCACAAUUUUAGCAUUCGUCGUGAUAAGGUAGCAGAUGCCAAUUUGAACAACCUUGCAAGGCCUGACACAUUCUAUGAAGAGCUUGGUUGUUGGGAAGUGAAGUGGAGGCAUGCAAGCAAGCGCAGGAUUCUGCCAACCACAGUGUUUGCCACACUGAAGAUACCAGACAUCGGGUUUUACCCAAAUGUGCAGAGCUUGUUGAGGGUGUUGGGCACUGUGCCAUGUGUAAAUGCUGAGGCAGAUGUUUAUGGGCAAUACCAUAUGGUACUGGAGCGAUGCCACGCCUAUCUGAAAGACACACCGGAGGACCAAAGACAAUGCAGCUCGGCAUAUGUCUAUGUGAACCAAGAUGUGCAUUUCAAUGUUGAACAAAUGGUGGAUUCAUAUGUACAGAAGCAUCCAGACAUACUGCAGAUGUUACAGACCGAUGAAGAAAUUAAAGAUAAGCCUUCCAUAGUGGCAAGCCAAGGAAACCAUGCUGAAAAAGACACUGAAGAUGAAUUAAAUAUAAUAAACAUGGCUAUGGAUGCUGAGAAUCUUGUAGAUAUGAAGUGUGCUGAGACGGAUAGAGAAGCUUUGAAGUCCGCUCUACAAGCCACCGUGACGGCUGCAUACAACAGCCAAAGCUGGCAACAAAAUGAGGUUUCUCCUUCUCAGGAUGGAGAAGUUGAGUAUGUCACCAAAUCUGAAAUGAAUGAAGUCCUCACUGUGUGUGAAGAAGCAGUCAGAGAAGGAAUUCUCAUGGAAGCUGGAAGUUCAUUCUUUUCAUUGUUCAUCGACCGUGUUGUUAAGAUCGGGACGAAGGACUAUCUUCCACUCUUCCUUAGGUUUGUGGAUAGUUUUGAUGUCAUGCGACUGGAGUUGAUGGGAUUCCUGGAAGCAGAUCUGGAUUGUGAUGCUAUGGUGCGUCGCCUCAUGGAAAUAGUUACAGAGGAGUGGCGUCUUGAUUUGAAAAACUGCAGAGGUCAGGCAUACCUUGGAUCUGGUGAUGUUUCUUACAAACUAAAAGCUUUUGCUUGCAAAGUGCAGGAAAAAUAUCCCCUUGCCAUUAGCACACAUUGCUCUUGCUACUCAUUCAACACAUGGUGGUCAAAAUCUAUCCCAGUACCUGUUGUUAAAAGAGCCCUUGAUACAUUUGAAGAGUUGGUGAUGUUUUUGGGCAGCAGGACCGCUCUAGAAAAACAGCUUGAUCAUGUAAUUGCCUAUGGUCUUCGGGAGAGCUACGAAAAGGUCCAAGAAUUGCAGGGGACGUACUGUUCCAAUUGGCAAGAAAUGCACGAUUCGUAUGAGGUGUUUGUGCAGAUACUGGAGCCCCUCGUUGAGUGUCUGGAAAAAGUUAAAAACAACCCACAGAGGUGGACAAUUGCUGUAUCUGAACAUGCUGGGGUACUCUUAAACAAACUGAUGCAAUUUGACUUCAUCAUUGCCAUGGUUAUCAUAAAGAAUACCUCUUCUUUUACUAGAGAGCUGAGUGCGGGUCUUCAGAGGGAUCAUUUCAAUGCAGCAUUCCAGCUAUGUCAGAUCGCUGGCAUUGUGGCUACUUUGAACAGAAUAAAAACAAAUUUGAAAGUAUUCCACCAGAACUGGUUUGAUGAAGCAUGUGCAAUUGCACAAAGUCUAAGAGUGCCAAUAGAAGUGCCUGAAAACUGUUUGCCAAGAGACAGCUUAAUAAAGCCAGUAGGAUUUUACAAAGAUAGCUUAAGUGUGCCCCUAGUGGAUAACCUCAUCAAUGCCGUGAAGGAUCAUUUUUCAGAGGAUCACAAAGAAGCUCUUAAUUUCCUCUCCCUGGUUCCUUGCUUGGUUACAGUGAGUUACAUGUUUGAGAGCUUAAAAUCAAAGCCACCUCUCUACAGCAGUGAUCUUCCCGAUGCUGACAACUUCUUCACUGAACUCUGCUGUUGGAGAGUAACAUGGAAGACGAAAGUUGCCUCAGUGACUAUUCCAAAUUCAAUAUUUCACACACUGCGUCUGCCACUCAUGCAGUACUUUGGCAACAUCAAUGCACUCCUUCGGAUUAUGUCUGUGCUACCCAGCACAGCCAUUGAGGACUGUGGAGUUGUAAUGCGUCACAAGAAGUUCCAAGAGUACCUGAGGAACACAAAUCUCAAAGACAGGUCCCUGUGCUUGGCUGUGCUACAGGUGGGCACAGAUUUCAACAGAGAUCUUGACCGCAUGGUGACCCAAUGUUUGAAGGUUACUCCACAAGCCCUGGAAGGUAUCUGUUUGGAUAAGGAAUCCAAAAGUUUAAUCAGAAACGCUGACAAUAUGGAAGUUGACAGGACUGUCAAGGUAGAAAGUGAUGAGCCCGAAAUUCAGCAAUAUCCUGACAUGAUGGAUGAACAACAACAACACAUGAAGCCAGUAGAGGAGAAUGGACAAAUUGGAGAUAACCGUCAAAGUCUGGUGACAAUAUUCAGACUGGCUGCAAUACUGGGGAAAAAAAACAUUGGGAUCAUGGACCUCUCUGAAGAGGAAAAGGAGAAUUUCACCCAGGACCUCAACAUGUGCCACUGGUUCAGGAAGGAGAACAAAUGUGCACUGUCCAUGGGUGAAGCUGAAAUUGUAAUGUUGCUUAUAGAGGGAAUCAGAGAAGUCAUACUGAAUGAGAUACAGGAAUCUCCAUUCUUCUCACUCAUCACAGACAAACCUGUAAAAAUCGCUGAUGAGACUCACCUACCUGUUUUUGUCAGGUAUGUCCGAGAAUCUGCUCCAAAAGUAGAGCUGAUGGGUUACUUGCCAUAUGACAAAAACUGUGAUGUUGAUACUCAAGCAAGUAAGCUUGCAAAAAUUCUAACAGAAUCCUGGGGCUUACCGAUGGCACACUGUCGAGGACAAGCAUUCAUGCACCUGGGCUCAGGUUACCAAAGCCUAAAGAAAAUGUCUUUGGACUUCCUCGAGAGCAAUCCACUGUGUGUUGUAACACCUAGUGAGUCCUGUGGCUUGGCCCAUUGGCUCGUAGGAAGUGUCCCUUGCCCUUCGGUAGCAAAAAUGCUGGAUAUCACAGAAGAUUUGCUACUGUUCUUUGAACAAUCUCCUUGUCUAGAAGAACAGUUGGCAAAGGCUGUUGAAGGGCUGUUGAAUAUGCCAAGGGAGGCCUUGGAGGAAAUUCCAGAGACAUGCUGUUCAAGAUGGAAGAAGAGAGAGGACUUCUUUGACAUACUAGCUGACACAUUGGAGGGCAUUCUCAGCUGCCUUGAUGCUGUCUGUUCUAGUGCCAGAGGUGCCAUGUCAAUGUAUGCUCAAGUUCUCUCUACUGCUCUGAGGAAUAUGGAUUUCAUUGUCACGCUUGUGAUCUUAAAGAAUGCUUGUGCUCCUCUUCGUAACUGUAGCACUGUCUUCCGCUGUGGCAACCCUGCUGAUAUUCUUUGUGAAGUGGAAAAGAUCCCUCCAAUCAUAGAGACUCUCAACAAAAUGUUGGAAAAUGUAGGCACGGUACACUCCACUUGGUUUGAACAGGCAUUUCAGUUAGCUACCAAAGUAGCGCCUCAUCAAGUCUGUUUCUCUCAGGAGGCCAGCAGCUAUGAUUCUCCAGAGACAUACUACAGAGAAAAUCUCAGUAUCCCCCUCCUGAAAAGUCUCGUUGAUGAAAUGAAGUACAACUUUUCAGACAGCCACUUGAAGGCUCUAUCGAUACUGUCUCUACUGCCAUCCUGCAAUCCGCAGCCCAUUCUUCCAGAAUCCACAGACAAACCUUUCAACUUCUACCUAUCAGAUCUUCCAGAACCAGAUGCACUUGAGCAGGACAUCAAUGCAUGGGCUACAGUCUGGAGAGACAAAGACCAGGAUGUUGCUCCUCCAACAUCCAUUGCUGAAACAUUAGUUCAUCCUGAGUCUAAGAACCACCCAACAAUAAUCUUACUUCUCCGGCUAGUAGCUGUGCUGCCCAGUGUCAGCAUUGAAUGUGACCUAAUGAAGUCCACUUUGAACUCAAUGAGAGAUAUUUUAAGGAACACUGUAUGCAAAGGUAACCGGACAGCUCGUGUUAUGCUCCUCUCUCACAACACAACACUGCAGAGGCUUCCCGAAGUCAUUGCCAAGUGUAUUGAGGUUGAUCCAGAGAGCAGUCCAUGUCUUUCACAAGUCAUGGAAACAUUAGGAGCCCUAAAUCUAGGCAGGGGAGCUGACAAAGAAGAGUCGUCAAACCAAGAGGCACCAAUAGUAGCCGAUGCUACGAAUGAAUCUGAGAAGCUUACAAGUGGAGAGGAGAAAUCUGCUGAAACUGAAAUCGUCCUGGAAACUGUUCAAGGACCAAGACAGCCAGUGUCUUUUUAUGAGCCACUGUUGCGUGAAGAAAUUAUCAAAGAACUCUGGGAUUCUCAGUUCUUCACAAUUAUCACUGAACAAACUGUUGACAUUGAUGGUGAGGUUUAUGUCCCACUGUGCAUCAGGUACUUAAACAAAGAGGAUAUCCAAUGUGAAGAAACAUUGGCUUUCAUCCCACUCCUCGAAGACUCUGCUGUCCUUUUAGACGCAAUUGAGACCACGCUCUCUGAAAAAUGGGGGCUAAAUAUGGCAUAUUGUCGAGGACAGGCCUUGCUGAGUGUCGGUGAGGUUGGUGCUCAGAUGGGAGCCGUAAGCUUAGCAAUAGCCAAUAAAUACCCUCAGGCAGUAAGAACUAUCAGCUAUGGUUUGUCCCUCAAUGUGUGGCUGGCGAAGUCUUCUCCAACAGCAGAAGCAGCUGAUAGGACUGUCCAGAUUGGUAAAAUAUUACAUUGGCUUACACAGGAUACAGAGCGGCAGAACAAACUGGAAGAAAUGAUCCUCCAUGUGUUUCAAAACAAUGAAGGAAAGGGGAAUGAGCUGAGGGACAUGCUGAUGAAGAAUUGGGAGAAGAGUCAUGACAUGCAUGAGGUGAUGGUAGAGAUUAUCGAAGCUGUCCUGCUUUGCCUAAGUGAGCUCAAACAUCAGGGAAGUGUAUCAGACCAGCAGCAAGCAUCACAGUUCUUUGAUUCAAUCAGAAACUUUGAGUUCAUCCUUUCAUUGGUGGUGCUGAGACAUGUCUUGUGUGAAACUAAAAAGCUAAGUCAGUGUCUUCAGGGCAAGCCCUUAGACAUGUUACUUGCUGUGAAUAGUUUGCCAGAUCUCAAUGCUUCUCUCAGGAAUUUGAUGAGUGAUAUUGACACGCACCACAAGGCAUGGUUUGAGGAAGCCGUCACGCUUGCAUCUAAACUACACAUCCCGUUGUUGCAUUCAGUUCUCCUAGAACCUUUGAGUGAGUUUUACAAAAAUGCACUAAGUAUGAAAUUUGUCGAGCACUCAAUAUCAGAAAUUGAUGACCUCUUCACUGAAAAGGUAAUGGAUACCUUCAGGUGUCUUGAGAUUGUGCCUUACGCCAUGUCCAAAGUAGAAACCAACACACUCAGCGGUCUUGUGCUGCGCCUGUACAAGGAUGACUUGCCAGAUGAGGUCUCGCUUCAAGAUGAGAUGAAGUUGUGGAAGGAGAAGUGGUUAGACCCCCUGGCAGGCUAUCUUCCAACUACUGUACUCGACACCCUCAAGACAUCACAGAUAAGAAGUUUUAGUAAUAUCGAGACUCUUUUGCGACUCCUGGUCAUUUUGCCAUUUUCAAGAAGGGAGAGUAAUUUCAAGCAGGGCAAGAGAAGCUUACAGGAGUUUAUACAGCAGGAAAACAGAUCCCUCACUGAGCUUCAUCCUCUGUAAUAGCUGCAGGUCUUCCAUAGAGAGAUGGUGCCGCCACCAUAUUCAAGAACGAUUCAACUCGAGUUCUGAAAUCAACAUUUCUGUAUAUUAUUGAUUUAAUGGAUUGUCCGUUUGUUGAUAGUUUGUUAACCCAAGUUUUUGAUAUCUGAUUUUUCCUGUAGUUUGUACAGUUGUAUUGUUCCAAUGGGACCAACAUAACAAUAUUUGGGGGGGGGAGGUUAAAAAGUAAUCCUUCACUGACGGUUAUCAAUGCUUGUGCCUUGAUACAAAACAAAUAUUUCCUAAUAUGUAACAUAAAAUUUGUCCCAUUGGCAUUUGAAACAGCUACAGUAGUUUUCUCAUUACCAAAAAUGACCACGCUGUCAUCAGUCUCACUUUUAAGGGUUAUUUUAAAUUUUUUAUGUCACACUUUUCCUUUACUUGUGCGCGCAUUGAAAUGUUCUGACAAUUUCCCAUGUUUCCUGUCACAUUGCAGAACUGAAUUUGCUGUAAACCUAGCUUUUAAAGAAUGUCUCCUUGAUGAUAGGAAAAGCAUAUAUAUUUGUCAAAAAAGUAAUAAAAGUGUCCAAAAAGA